ACAGGGUGGAUUUUUCCGCUAGUUGGCGCUACAGUCGUAUAGAUGAUAAAAUCACUUGACACGUCGAUCGGUUUUUCGUGGUGAUUAAACCUCCUAGAUUUUCACUUAAUUGCCCUAUUUUCCAGUGGUUUUUCGCGGAAAGUUUUCAAUAUUCAGCAAGAGGAGAAAUGGUGUUAAUCGCUGCGGCAGUUUGUACAAAAGUCGGGAAAACCAUAGUUUCCCGGCAGUUUGUGGAGAUGACAAAGGCAAGAAUUGAAGGAUUGUUGGCUGCUUUUCCUAAGUUGAUGACUCCUGGGAAGCAGCACACUUUCGUGGAGACAGAUUCAGUGAGGUAUGUGUAUCAGCCGAUGGAGAAGCUGUAUAUGCUGCUGAUUACCACAAAAGCCAGCAAUAUCCUUGAAGAUUUGGAAACACUGAGGCUGUUUUCAAAAGUCAUCCCAGAAUGCUGUCGGAAUCUCGAUGAGCGAGAAAUUCUCGACAAUGCCUUCAAUUUGAUCUUUGCUUUUGACGAGAUUGUUGCCCUUGGUUAUCGUGAGAGUGUCAAUUUGGCCCAGAUAAAGACAUUUGUCGAGAUGGAUUCGCAUGAGGAGAAAGUGUUCCAGGCAGUGCGUCAGACGCAGGAACGAGAGGCCAAGAUGAAGAUGCGCGAGAAGGCUAAGGAGUUGCAGAGGCAGCGAAUGGAGUCCGCCAAGAAGGGUAUGUCAUCGAUGAGGAGCAGUGGUUUUACUCCUGGCGGAGAUUCCUUUGGGUCUGGUAUCUCGAAUCUCACCAUUGGCUCAACGCCAUCCAUCAGCACGGUGAAUGAUGUCAAGCCGACACCCACGAAGGCUCCUGCUCCGAGGAAUGCCAUGAAAUUGGGUGGGAAGGGCAAGGAUGUGGAUACUUUUGUGGAUCAGUUGAAGAAUGAGGGUGAAAAGAUUGCCAGCGUUCCAGCUCAGGCACCAGCUCAGGGCAUCGCUAAGCCCAAACCGGUUUCUGAUGUGCCAAUGGAAGAUAUCCAUUUGCACAUUGAGGAUAAACUUGUAGUUCGUCUGGGACGAGAUGGUGGUGUCCAGAAAUUUGAGCUAUCCGGAUUGCUGACACUGAGGAUAAGUGAUGAAAAAUUGGGCAGGAUUCGGGUGCAGCUGGAAAAUCGCGAUCAGCGUGGGAUUCAGCUACAGACACAUCCGAAUGUGGAUAAGGAAUUGUUCAAGACCAAAACACAGAUUGGCCUCAAGAAUCCAGCCAAGCCAUUUCCGCACAAUACCGACGUGGGAGUGCUGAAGUGGCGCUUCCAGACGCAAGAAGAGAAUGCCAUUCCGCUCACCAUCAAUUGCUGGCCGUCGGAGAAUGGGGAUGGCGGAUGUGAUGUAAAUAUUGAGUACGAGCUGGAACAUACGCAUCUUGAGCUGCGCGAUGUUACCAUCACGAUUCCGUUGCCAAUUGGAGCUGUUCCGUCAAUUGCUGAGUGCGAUGGUGAUUACAAUCACGAUUCCCGGAAAAAUACCUUGACAUGGAGUCUGCCAAUUGUCGAUGUGAACAACAAAGCCGGUUCGAUGGAAUUCAGUGUACCAGCAUCCAUUCCCGGUGACUUCUUCCCACUCAAUGUGGCUUUUGUGUCCAAGACACCCUAUGCUGACAUCAAGGCGUUGGAUGUGGCUCAAGUGGAUGAUGACAUGACGGUAAAAUUCUCCACGGAAACUGUCUUCUAUGCUGAAAAGUAUGAAAUUGUGUGAUUGCAUAGUCUUCAAGGCUUCUUUUCCACAAAACAGACACAAAAAGCAUUCUCACCUCUGGAUAACUAUCGGUCGUAUUUUUUUUCUCGCGGUGGGGCACUGAUGGGAACCGAGGCAGAGCACAUUUUUAUAAUCCCCCAAAAUGUUUUUUUCCCGCCCUUUUCAAUUGCCCUGAGUGGUGAACUAUUAAAGGAUCUAUUAUAAGAAGAAA